AUGGCAGAAUUACUCUUAGAUCCAAAUAUUCGUGUCUGGGUUUUUUUACCCAUAGUCAUCAUCACUUUCCUGGUUGGAAUCGUGAGGCAUUAUGUAUCCAUAAUCCUUUCAUCACAAAAAAAGAUUGACUCAUUCCAAGUACAGGACAGUCAAGUGAUGAUAAGAGCUAGGCUUCUUCGAGAGAACGGUAAAUAUCUGCCCAGACAGUCCUUUAACAUGCGUCGACACUGGUUCAAUAAUGAGGACACAGGAUAUUUCAAAGUGCAGAAACGGGCAUCGACUUCACAGAAUCCCAUGACUGAUCCAGGUAUGAUGACUGAUAUGUUAAAAGGCAAUGUCACUAAUGUAUUGCCAAUGAUAGUCAUUGGUGGUUGGAUUAAUUGGAUGUUCAGCGGUUUUUUGACAACCAAAGUACCAUUUCCCCUGACUCUUCGCUUCAAGCCCAUGUUACAACGUGGUGUUGAGUUGGCAUACCUGGAUGCAUCCUGGGUUUCCUCAGCAUCUUGGUACUUCCUCAAUGUGUUUGGUUUACGGACUAUUUAUGCACUUGUAUUAGGAGAAAACAAUGCUGCCGACCAGUCUAAAGUGAUGCAGGACCAGAUGUCGGGAGCUGCUAUGGCAAUGCCUCAGGACCCUAAAGCUGCCUUCAAGGCUGAAUGGGAAGCCUUAGAGAUCACAGAACAUCGUUGGGUGUUGGCUAAUGUUGAAAAUGAUCUACUGAAUCCCGAGGGAGAGUAA